AUGGAGGCAUAUGACAAGUUACCAUAUCAGCCCACGCUCGAGAUUAAGCCUUUUCAUGCGCAAGCCCCAGAGAAAUGCCUGGAUGACUUCAAGCAGCUCCUUCGGCUUUCUCCCAUUGGGCCUCGCACCUUCGAAAAUUCAGAUACGAACGACCGAAGAUAUGGGCCCUCUCGUAGAUGGGUAAUCAAGGCCAAGGACAAUUGGCUCGGUGAGUUUGACUGGCGUCGGCACGAGGAGCGUAUCAACUCAUUCCCUAAUUUCACGGCGGCCGUGGAUGAGUUCAACGAGGCGGGUGAUAAACUGGAAAUUCAUUUUGUGGCUCUCUUCUCUCAGAGGCCUGAUGCUACCCCACUGGUACUAUAUCACGGGUGGCCGGGAUCUUUCAUGGAAUUCUUCGACGUGUUAGAUAUUAUCAAGGAAAAGUAUACACCAAGAGAACUACCAUACCACGUCGUAGUACCUAGUCUACCCGGGUACGCUUUUUCUUCGGGGCCACCUCUCGAGUACGACUUCACGCUCGAGGACUCUUCAUUAGCUCUUGAUAAGCUGUUGAGAGGCCUGGGACUCUAUGGGUAUAUCGCCCAGGGGGGUGAUCUUGGCGCCUCGGUCGCUCGUUACCAGGCAGCCAAGUGCAACUCAUGCGCCGGCAUGCAUCUCAAUUAUACUCCAUUACCACGUCCACCCAAUGCAGCCGCGUUGCCGGUCUCCGAGCUGGAGGAGAGAGGUUUGCAGCGCGGCCUUUGGUUCCGCGAGGUCGGGGCUGCCUACGCCAUAUUGCAUGGGACCAGGACGGCGACAAUUGGGCUAGCCUUGAGUACAAGCCCGUUAGCGGUGUUGUGCUGGAUCAGCGAAAAGUUUCUUGAUUGGACGGACGAAGACACCAGCUUGGACACGAUUCUAGCUCAUGCGACAAUGUACUGGAUCACGGAAACCUUUCCACGCUGCAUUUAUCCUUACCGCGAUAUGGCCGGGGAUGCUGAACGGCCGCGGAUUGCCAAGGCGUCAGGGCCGUCUGGAUAUUCGUUUUUCCAGCACGACAUAAUGCCUAUGCCAGCAAGUUGGGUAGCGACUAGCUGCAACCUAGUGUCGGUGGCGAUGCACGAGAAUGGCGGACACUUCGCGGCUAUGGAGAAGCCAAAAGAGCUCUUGGCCGAUAUCGAGGCAUAUAUGAAAAAGGCAUAUAUGGGUUACAAAAGAGGACAUAGUGAAACUGAAAGUAAUAGGUACAGGAAGGAAACCCCCGAGGCCGAAUAA